AAAAGCAACAGGAGUUCUGAGGCUUACACAUUUAACCAUGAUAGUAUGGCUCGCCGUGCAUUGAAAAAUACAUGCCUUGCAUACCUUGCGUCAUUGAAUGAGCCAGAUUUCGUUGAGCUUGCACUGCAUGAGUACAAGUCUGCGAUUAACAUGACAGAGCAGUUUGCUGCAUUAGCAGCAUUAUCCCAAAAUCCAGGCCAAGUUCGUGAUGAUGCCCUCUUGGAUUUCUAUAACAAGUGGCAGCAUGAAUACUUGGUUGUAAGCAAGUGGUUUGCUCUUCAAGCUACUUCAGAGAUUCCUGGAAAUGUUGCAAAUGUUCAGAAGCUGCUGUCUCACCCUGCUUUCGACCUGAGGAAUCCCAACAAGGUGUACUCACUAAUCGGGGGAUUCUGUGGCUCACCUGUGAACUUCCACACGAAAGAUGGUUCUGGGUACAAGUUCUUGGGUGAGAUCGUUUUGCAGCUUGACAAGAUAAACCCUCAGGUUAAUGCCAAGUACUUGUUCUCCUGGGUAUUUACCUAGUAGAGGAUAAAAGAUAAAGAACAU